AACGGGUAAGAUCAUAGACUAUCGCAGCCUGAAGGAAAGGGACGUACCUCGGAUUUGUCGAAAUUCUCAGUGAAUCAUUGGCUUACUCACUGCAAAGUGGGCCAGUGUUGUUCCUUUGAAACUACGCAAAUCCGGUCCACGAGAUCCAUCAUAUAUCCAUGGGGUACACUUUGUGACAGUGGAGUUGCGACGAUCGACUAAAAUGUUGAUGGCUCCAAGCCGCACUGUGUGCGUAUGUAUAACCGCAAGUGUAGGGUACCGGUACCAGCGAUUUGAAAUCUGUCAUGUUGCACGCACAUACGAGUUUGGAAAUCGGCCAAGAGUUACUAUGACGCCUCAACUUAUCGCAUUGGAUCACAAGCACGUUGGUGUAAUGAGCCUUAACAGCUGUGAGCGUCCUUAAGAAAAUAAAAGGCUUCCCACAGCCUAACUUAGGCUUCAUAGGAUGGACAUGAUGGAUAUCUACGUGAGUCCGGAUGAUGAUGAAGAUGUCAAUGUGGAACCUGACACCAUUUCUACCAUGUCCGAGAAGUGUAACCCUCACAGAGUGGUGUGGCUGAAAUGCAAGGCCAAAGCAGAGAAAGCCCUCCACAUCGUCAAAUCACCGGCCAGAGAGGAGCUGCCAAACCCCGCCCAUGAGCACCAGCCUGACAACAGCAAAGAACUACAGAAGGCACCACUGAUGUCGGACCAAGACGCUGAACACGACAGACCUCCGAUCAGACGUGAGAAUAACCUCAAGGUGACGAUAUCGAAUGAGCCCCAGUUCGAGCACACGAGGGUGCAUAUGGAGACGGUGGAGCAGCUAGACAUGCGGGACAGGGACCCGACUGAUAUGAAUAAACAUGUCAGGGUAUGGUUUGAGGAUGUCUUGGCGGAACCAGACGGCAUGCAUAGCUUCGAUAGGGUCUGGCGUUACAGCUUCAUCACGUUCACCUUCGUCAAGUCUUGGUCCUACCGCAUCUGCACGCUGCUGUGCGGUAUCCCCUUCUCUGUCUGCUGGGGUGUGUACUUUGCCUGCCUCACUUUUCUGCACAUCUGGUACGUGGUUCCCUGCAUCAAGUCAUGCUUGAUCGUUCUCCAUUGGGCCAGUAAGUUGUGGACGCUACUCAUCCGGACAUUCUGCGAUCCGUGCUUCGAGUCUGUGGCCAGGGUUUUCAGCAACAUUCAGUUUACCAGCUAUCGGCAGUGACAGAAACCAAACUUAUAGCGGAAACCAGCGAUGGAAUCUCGCAUUGUACAGAUAAAUACAUAUAUAAUGUAACUACGUUUUGCAAAUUGGGGUUUGGAUUGCGCUCUCUAUAAUAGGAGACAUUGUGAACUCUUGAGGGCGUGCUAUAUGGGUUGGGAACAGAAAUGAUAAAAAAACAUGAGACGACGAGUAUCUGCUUUACAACAAAAAAGUUAACGUUGAUUAAUAGCAAGUCUACCACAACCAAAACUGUGUUCGAAUUUUUACACGCAAAAGUCAUCAUCUAAAUGUUUAGAGCCAAAACUUUACAAUACUAAUAAAGAAAAGUCUAUUCAUUUUAGCUUUUUCCCCUAUAUUUACCAAAAUCCUAAUAUAAGUGAAAUGGAGUAGCGACUGUAUUUUGU